AUAUCUGUGGUCGAAUAAGAAUGUCAAUAAAUCGUGUUUGGAUCUGCGACUCAAUCUGUCAGUGCAUGGUCGGAUGAUAUUUUCAAAGACGAAGUUAAAAGAUCUAGGACAAAUAUUUUUCAUGAUCGUGGAUUUUACAAUGAAGAAAGACGAGCCCACAGUUUGAGCGAUGUAUGACAGCACAUGCGGCGCUGCCGCUACUGGCCAAUGCGGCACUGCCCAAACGGAGCGCGAUCCACCGGCGCCUCGGGAUCCGCCGCCGCCGCCCCUCGAGCGCGACUAUAGUGGCUUUGAUAUUGUUAAGGCAACGCAGUAUGGCGCGUUUACGCGUGUCAAGGAACUGGUCGAAGCCGGUUGGGACGUGAAUCGUCCUGAUGGCGAAACGGUCACACUGUUGCACUGGGCGGCUAUCAACAACCGCCGCGAGAUCAUCCAGUAUUUGUUGGCGAAGGGCGCGCACGUGGAUGCUAUCGGAGGCGAGCUACAGUCGACGCCGCUGCAUUGGGCCACGCGGCAAGGCCACCUGGACGCCACUGUGCUGCUGGUGCGCGCCGGCGCCGACCCGUCGCUGCGUGAUGCGGAGGGCUGUGCUUGUCUCCAUUUGGCUGCACAGUUCGGGCACACGGCUGUGGUGGCGUACCUGGUGGCGCGCGGUGUGCCUGUGGACGCGCCGGACGCGGGCGGCAUGACGGCGCUCAUGUGGUCCUGCUGGAAGGUGUCGGCUGUGGACCCCACAAGACUGCUGCUGACGUUGGGCGCGGCGCCGCACCCGACAGACCGAGCGCAUGGCAACACCGCGCUGCACUGGGCCAUCCUCGCGCGCAACACCACCGCCAUCUCCACGCUCAUACUCUAUGGUGAUGCAAGUCUGGAUGUACCCAACCUGCGUGGAGUGACCCCAUUGACUAUGCUGCAAGCAAGUGCUGACUCUCUGUGGGUCGGUUCCAAGGUGUCAGAUAAAAUUAAAGAGCGCUCGGUGGCAGCUGGCAGGAUGUCCAUGUUUAGACGACUCACAUAUGACAAGGUAACAAGAAACCCAUGGAUUUUGUUAUACACAUAAUAUCAGAGAAUGUAUUUGUAACAAGGUAAAUCACAGGACACUAGGGAGACAGCACAAUAUACUCCAUUU